GGUACUUUUCAGAAAAUGGCUGCACAUGUUUUCAACAAUGUUCGUGUUAUACACAUGUCAGACUCAAAGGGUCGGGGUUUGGUGUCUUGCAACAGUUUUCAGAAAGGUGACACCCUGUUUGAGGAGAAACCUCUUGUGUGUGCCCAGUUUUCUUGGAAUGAACUUUAUAAAUAUCUGGCCUGUGAGUACUGCUUGCGCUCCUUAGAAAGUGCUGAGGAUAUGGUUAAAAGACUGACCACCAACCCGAGUUUAACUCUGCCCCACCCUGAGUGCUGUCAGGUUGACCCAUCCAAGUAUGCCGCCUGCCCCCAAUGUAAGAAAAUGUACUGCAGUGUUGCAUGCAGAGAUCAGGCAGCCAGCCAGUACCAUCAGGUGUUGUGUAAAGGUGCUUCAGAAGAUGACCCAAACCAUCCUUUAAAUCGUCUCGUGGAAGAUUGGAGAUCUUUUCAUUAUCCCCCUGAGACAACUAGCAUCAUGCUGAUAGUGAAGAUGAUUGCAAUGGUUAAACAGGCACAAGACAAAGGAAAAGUGAUCUCAUUGUUUUCCAACUUUGUCAAUACCACUAGCAAUGAACAAGAACAUAUUGCUCACAAGUUACUGGGAGAAAAGUUCCAGGUCCAAAGAGAAGUGCUCAGACAACAGCUUGCUGAGAUUAUGUUUGACGACUCCAUUGCAGAGUGGUUUACAUCUGAAGGCUUCAACUCUCUCUUAGCUUUGAUUGGCACCAAUGGACAAGGUAUCGGGUCCAGUUCAUUUAGUCACUGGGUGAAGAAUACAGAAAACUUGUCUCUUGCUGAAGAAGACAAAAAGUCUUUGGAUGAAUUUAUAGAGAAAGUUUAUGAGCAGCUGGAUGAAGUAUCAGGGGAGUUCCUGGAUUGUGAAGGCUCAGGAUUGUAUCAUCUACAGAGCUCUUGUAACCACAGUUGUGUUCCCAACGCUGAGAUCACCUUCCCUAAUGGUGACCACACCUUAGUAAUGGUUGCCCUUAGGGAUAUAGCACCAGAAGAGGAAAUAACCAUCAGUUACCUAGGAUGCUGUGACCUUGAGAGAAGUAGACAUAGUCGACAAAAAGUUUUAAAGGAAAAUUAUUUAUUCAAAUGUGCCUGUGAAAAGUGUCAGCUACAGGCAGAUGAUGCAAGUGUGACAUCUGAGGAAGACUUGUCUGACGAACAGGGUGAUGACAUGGAGGACUAACGAGCUAGAUUUGUUACACCACAUAUUAAUAAACAACUGAC